CUUUCCUUCACGGUUUACAGUUCUUGCGUGUACAUUGUUCACUCGUCCAUUGAUCUGAUGUAUAUUUUCUCAUCUCACUUUUACUUGUUUAAUGAAGUUCUUAAUUUUGAUGAAUCUUGGGGUUUCGUGUUUUUUUUAAAGACUUUAUUUUUAUUAUGUGUAUAAAUGUUGUUUGCAUAUAUGUAUGUACUUCACAUGUGUGCCUGGUACCUGAGGAGUUCAGAAAAGAGUGUCUGACUCUCUGGAGUUGGAGUUACAGACGGUUAUUAGUUGCUGUGGUGGUUUGAAUUAAAUGGCCCCAUCGGCUCAUAGGGACUGGUACUUUUGGAGGGUGUGGCUUGUUGGAGGAAGUGUGUCACUGGGAGUGGGCUUUGAGGUCUCAGAAGCUCAAGCCAGGCCUAGUUUUUCACUCUCUUCCUGCUGCCUGCGGAUCCAGGUGUAGAACUCUCAGCCAUCCUUCCAGCACCACGUCUGCCUGCUGCUACCAUGCUUCCUGCCACGAUGAUAAUGGACUAAACCUCUGAAUUGUUUAAUCCAGCCCCAAUUAAAUGUUUUCCUUUGAAAGAGUUGCCAUGGUCAUGGUGUCUCUUCACAGCAAUAGAACCCUAAGACAGCUGCCAUGUGGGUGCUGGGAAUCCAACCCAAUUCUUCUGAAAGAUCAGCAAGUGAUCUCUCCAGCCCCAGUUAAGCUUGUUUUUAAGUAAUCUUUUCCUGAGCUAGAGAGAUCACUCAGUGAUUGAGAGCACUUGCUGCUCUUGCAGAGGACCUGAGUGUGGUUCACAACCACAUGGGGGUUCACAACCAUCUGCAACUCCAGUUUCAAGGUAUCUGAUAUGCUCUUCUGGCCCCUGAAGAUACCCUGAUGUGUACCUGGUAUACAUACAUUUGUGAAGUCAAAACACUCGUACAUAUAAAACAAACCUGAGAGAGAGAGAGAGAGAGAGAGAGAGAGAGAGAGAGAGAGAGAGAGAGAGAGAGAGAGAGCUGAGAGGGCUGUUCUUUAAAAAAUAAAAAUGUCGGGCAUAGUGGCACACUCAGGAGGCAGAAGCAGGUGGAUCUCUGUGAGUUCAAGGCCAUUCUGAUCUACAUAGAGAGUUCCAGGCCAGCCAUGGCUGCAUACUGAGCCUUUGUUGUUUUUUUAAAUAAUAAUAAUUUUCUGGAAGGUGGAGAGAUAGUUCAGUGGGUAGGAGUGCUUGCCUCCAAGACUGACGACUUUAGAGCCUGGAGAUCUACACAGAAAAAAAGGAAAAAGAUCAAUCCCAAAAGUGUCCUAACCUCCACAUGAACACUGUAGCAUUCCCAUAUGUACACACGCACUCACACAUGCACACCAAAUAAGAAUGUAAGUUAAACAAUUUUUUAGAAAAAAGAAGUAUUUUCCUACUGUGACUCAUAAUGAUUUCUUCCAAAGGCUUUUUUGGCUGUCCUCCAUCACUAUAUAUGUAAUGUAAGGCAAGGAUCCAGGCUCAUUUCUUUGGUAAGAUAAAUGAAAAAUUUACCUAUUUUUCUAUUGGAACUUUUAAGCUCAGUUGAUAUUACUUUGUGACUGGAAGAAAUCGCCUUUUUAAAGUAUACAAGUGACAUAAUCAGGAAACGGGACUCUUAGGUUGCAGAGCUAGAUCUUAGGACUCUCAUCUCUGCCCAGUGCUGACCUCUGCCAUGCUGUGACCAGCUUUUCAGAAAAGCAAAGGCCUUACAUUUGCAUUGGAGUGGGACUGGGUUCCUGCUGGGUGGGCAGUGGGUCCCAGUGGCCCUAUGGUCCCUCUGUGUAGCUGGGGAGAUGACACAAAAGGGUUUUUUUUUUUUUUUUUUUGAGGGUUCCAACAGGGGACAGGACUUGGUGAGCCCUUGUCUCUUCACAGAGGGACAGUGACUGUGUCCAUCCUAGAGGCUGGUAGGGCAUGGAAGUAGGUGUCUGUCUUGCACCUUUGACACUAAUCUUCUCCCACAGGACAAGUUUCCUACAGGCCCUCCUCACUGGGCAGUAGGACCCCCACCAGAAGCCCAGUGUGAGGACAGAGAUGGCGCUGAGCCUGGAGUCUACAACCAGCUUUCCCAUGCUGGCCAUGUCAGGAGACACUGUGUCUGAGUUGCCUGGUGGCCCCAAUGUGUCCCUCAACAGUUCCUGGACUGGCCUAACAGAUCACAGCUCCUUGCAAGACCUGGUGGCCACGGGUGCCAUUGGGGCAGUGCUCUCAACCAUGGGUGUGGUGGGCAUGGUGGGAAAUGUAUACACUCUGGUAGUCAUGUGCCGAUUCCUGCAUGCCUCAGCUUCCAUGUAUGUCUAUGUGGUCAACCUGGCACUGGCUGACCUGCUGUACCUGUUGAGCAUUCCCUUCAUUGUGGCCACCUAUGUCACUAAGGACUGGCACUUUGGAGAUGUGGGCUGCCGCGUUCUCUUUAGCCUGGACUUUCUGACCAUGCAUGCCAGCAUCUUCACUCUGACCAUAAUGAGCAGUGAGCGCUAUGCAGCAAUCCUGAGGCCUCUGGACACGGUACAGCGCUCCAAGGGUUACCGUAAGCUGCUGGCACUGGGCACCUGGUUGCUGGCACUGCUGCUGACCUUACCCAUGAUGCUUGCCAUCCGACUGGUGCAUAGGGGCCCCAAGAGCCUCUGCCUGCCGGCCUGGAGCCCUCAUGCCCACCGUAUUUACCUGACACUGCUCUUUGGGACCAGUAUUGUGGGGCCUGGCCUGGUCAUUGGGCUGCUCUACGUUCGCCUGGCCAGGGCCUACUGGCUAUCUCAGCAAGCCUCUUUCAAGCAGACGCGCCGGCUGCCCAACCCCAGGGUGCUCUACCUCAUCUUUGGCAUUGUCCUUCUCUUCUGGGCCUGCUUCCUACCCUUCUGGCUGUGGCAGCUGCUGGCCCAGUACCAUGAGGCCAUGCUACUGGCACCCCAGACUGCACGCAUCGUCAACUACCUGACCACUUGCCUCACUUAUGGCAACAGCUGCAUCAAUCCCUUCCUCUAUACACUGCUCACCAAGAACUAUCGUGAGUACCUUCGUGGCCGCCAGCGGUCGCUGGGUAGUAGCUGUCGUGGCCCAGGGAGUGCAGGCAGCUUCCUGCCCAGCCGAGUCCACCUCCAGCAGAACUCAGGCCGCUCGCUGUCCUCCAGCAGCCAGCAGACCACAGAGACCCUCAUGCUGUCCCCAGUUCCCCCUAGUGGGGCCUUUGUCUGAGAGUCCCUGUUUGAGCCUGGGGGUAGGAAAGGACCCAAAGCCAGGCCACUCAGGAGCCCAUUCCCGGAAUCCCCUAUUCAAACCUAACCAUCUUGUCUGUCCUCAACUCUCUUCUGGAAAGUUCCCUGUUCUUCUUCACUGCUGCUCACUUCAACUCCAUCAGCACCUUUCCUGCAAUGCCAACACUCCUCUGAACCUCUCUCUCCGGAUCUUCAGAAGCUGUGGCCCAGACCCUCUUCUGAAGACCCCAGAGAAUUGAGUCAUCUAAAGCCUACUUACUCAGAGCAGCUGUGCAGGGCUGGGAACCUGAUCUGGAGAUGUAAGCUCUUCCAGCCUUGAGGACCCGCCCCCACUGGUGGGUAAGGGGUCUGUAGACAAUUUCUACCCUCUCCCUCUCCUAACCCCAACCCAUGGUAGCUUCUUGUUUCCAUAUGCACACAGAACAAUAAACCCUGUGCUCUGUAGUCUGCCCUGCCUCGGUGCUGGGGAUGGAAGGCUGGAGGGGGUGGUCCUGGACUCAUGAGGCACCUGAGUGUUCGGUGAGGGCAUGUCUGCUUUCCAAGCCUUUGCCGGUGGAUGUCCCUACAUGGGAGCCCUCCCAUUUAUUUAGGGUGGGAAGGAGGGCAGAUAACUGAGAGGUAUGAGAAGCUGGGGUGGGAUGGGCAGACUGGGAGGAGAAGCUGCCAAGCUAGCAGUGGAGCUCAAGUGUAGAAAGGAGGCCCUGCAGGCUGUAGUUCUUAGAUGAGGCAAUCAAACCCACAUGUGGCUCAUAGUGACAGCAAUGAGGCCUUGGCUUCACUGUUCCUGGACAAACUGUUUCUCUGUCCCAAGUACCAUCCUCAGGACAUCCUUGCCUUGGCUGACCAUUCCUCCUACCAUGGCCAGACAACACCUGUCCUCCCCCUUUAGGGUGAUCAUCAGAGGCUGGGACAGCACCUUGGUCCGGUUAGUACUCUUGCUGUGGCAGGUACACCCCUGUGGCAGGAUAUGAAGUUCAGGUCUCUGGAGUGAUACAGUGCUCCAGAAGUAGAUUCUGGUGACUGGCCACAGUACUUUGUGCUUCUCUAUGGCUAAGAUAGUAGAUUUAUUUUGCUAUUAAAAAGCAAAAUAAGCCGGGCGGUGGUGGCGCACGCCUUUAAUCCCAGCACUCGGGAGGCAGAGCCAGGUGGAUCUCUAUGAGUUCGAGGCCAGCCUGGUCUCCAAAGCGAGUACCAGGAAAGGCGCAAAGCUACACAGAGAAACCCUGUCUCGAAAAAACCAAAAAAAAA